ACCCAAAUGUCAUCCCGAAACGGUUCACGCCACAUGCCAUGUCGUUUCAACAUAGGACCAAAUUACACUCCACCACUUAACCUCACUCCAUUCAUCAACCAACAUCCGAUUUAAAAACACACGUCCAAUUCAAUAACUACUUUUUUUAUACCAAAAUAUACAAUUCAAUUCCGGUGACCCUCAAACUACAAAACUUUUCAUAACCGCGAAAUGACAGAAUCACGUCCAAUCCGUUUCGGCGUAAUCGGCUGUGCCGACAUAGCACGCAAACUCUCACGCGCCAUCUCACUCUCUCCCAACGCUUCCCUCUACGCAGUCGGAAGCCGCUCCCUCGACAAAGCCAAAGCCUUCGCGAAAGCCAACGGUUUCCCCGACGGCGCUAAAGUGUACGCCUCAUACGAAGCGGUUCUCGAUGAUCCUGAUGUUGACGCCGUUUACAUGCCGUUACCGACUAGCUUGCAUGUGCGGUGGGCGGUUAUUGCCGCUAAGAAAGGGAAGCAUGUGUUGCUUGAGAAGCCUGUGGCUCUUAGUGCUUUGGAGUUUGAUGAGAUUGUUGAGGCGUGUGAAUCCAGUGGAGUGCAGCUCAUGGAUGGUACUAUGUGGAUGCAUCAUCCUAGAACUGCGGCUAUCAAAGAGUUUCUAUCUGAUGCACAACGGUUUGGCCAGCUCAAGUCGAUUCACACCGUUUUUACAUUUGGUGCUGAUCCUGAUUUUCUGGAGAAUGACAUUCGUGUGAAACCGGAUCUUGACGCUCUUGGCUCCCUUGGCGAUGAAGGAUGGUACUGUGUUAGGGCGAUUCUGUUCGCUAACAACUACGAAUUACCUAAAACAGUAUUAGCCUCUCACAAACCCGUGCUUAAUAAAUCUGGAGUGAUAUUAUCUUGUGGUGCUUCUUUAUUUUGGGAAGACGGGAGAGUAGCAACUUUCUAUUGCUCUUUCUUGUCUAACUUAACCAUGGAUAUAACCGCGGUUGGGACAAAAGGAACACUUCAUGUUCAUGAUUUUAUCAUCCCUUAUGAAGAGAAGAAGGCGUCAUUUUAUGCAGCUUCAGAAUCAGGCUUUGAUGAUCUUGUCACUAAGUGGGGUUCAGAGCCGACCAAGCACGUAAUCGAAAACGAUCUCCCUCAGGAAGCUUUUAUGGUAAGUGAAUUCUCUCGUUUGGUUGCCGGAAUCAAAUUCAACAACUCGAAACCGGAGAAGAAAUGGCCGACGAUUAGUCGGAAAACACAAUUGAUAUUGGAUGCUGUGAAGACUUCGAUUGAUAGGGGUUUUGAGCCUGUUCAGAUUCAAGAAUGAAUGUGUUUUUAAUUUGUUCUUGAAUGUGUUUUUAAUCUGUCUUCACCCUGGAAGCAUGGUGUGUUUGUAGACUUUUUAUGAAAUAAACACUGAUGUCAUUCAACUUGAAUAAAUAGUUCUAAGUUGGAACAACUUUAA